ACUCCUGUUCCACAUAUGAAAACGCGUAUCGAGCAAGAGCCUCCUACCGUACAAAUUAUUCAUGAAAGCCCUGAAACUAAUCAGCUGAAGAUCUUUAAUUAUAAAGAACUAGCAAAAGCAACUGGUAGUUUCUCCAACUUCAACCACCUAGGUGACGGUGGUUGGAGUCAAGUUUUUAAGGGAACACUCCCAGAUGGUGAGGUUGUUGCAAUUAAGAAACUUGCACACGAGUCUGAACAGAGGGAACGAGAUCAAUUUAAUGCGGAGGUUGCAACUAUUAAUCGAACCCGUCACAAGAAUGUGGUCAAGCUAAUUGGAUACUGCGAUGAUAAAGCCAAUAGAUUGAUUAUUUAUGAGUAUGUUCCCAACAAUUCAUUGCGAGAUAAUUUACAUGGAAAGAACAAGAAAAUUAUCGAUUUGUCAACCAGAUUCAAAAUCGCCUUAGCUUCCGCAGAAGGCUUGGCAUAUUUACAUGAAUGUAAUCCUAGAGUCAUACAUCGAGAUAUCAAAACAGCGAAUAUUCUUCUUGAUGAUAACUUUGAACCGAAGAUUGCUGAUUUUGGACUGGCCAAAGAUUUUUCAAAUUCUGUUACCCAUAUUUCCACUGAUCCAAAGGGAACCAAGGGUUAUGUGGCCCCUGAGAAUUUAAAAGGGAAGAAGCUUACUGACAAGUCUGAUGUGUUUUCAUUCGGUGUGGUGCUUCUGGAGUUGGUCACAGGGAAACAAGCUGUUGAAGGCAAGAAUGCCGUUGAGUUGGCUGUUUGGGUACGCACUUGUUGCUUCCUACUUUGUACUAUCAAAUUGACUAUAUUUAAACUUUUUUUAAAAAUGUUAUUUAUUAAAGUCAUUUAUCAUCAUAAUCAAGUUUUUUAAAAAAAUAUUCAAUACAAUAUUAUAAUAGAAA